AUGGAUGUUAUCUUGUAGCUUUACUCAACUAGAUGUUAUCUUGUAGCUUUACUCCACUAGAUGUUAUCUUGUAGCUUUACUCCACUAGAUGUUAUCUUGUAGCUUUACUCCACUAGAUGUUAUCUUGUAGCUUUACUCCACUAGAUGUUAUCUUGUAGCUUUACUCCACUAGAUGUUAUCUUGUAGUUUUACUCUACUCUAUGUUAUUAUCUUGUCGCUUUACUCCACUGGAUAUUAUUAUCUUGUAGCUUUACUCCACUAGAUGUUAUCUUGUAGCUUUACUCCACUGUAUGUUAUUAUUUCAUUUCAUUUUAUUUUAGUCAUUUAGCAGACACUCUUAUUCAGAGCGACUUACAGUUAGUGAGUCCAUACAUUUUUCAUACUGGCCCCCAGUGGGAAACGAACCCACCACCCUGGCGUUGCAAGCGCCAUGCUCUACCAACUGAGCUAUUACCUUGUAGCUUUACCACACUGGAUGUUAUCCUGUAGCUUUACUCCACUAGAUGUUGUUAUUUUGUAGCUUUACUCUACUAGAUGUUAUUAUCUUGUAGUUUUACUCCACUAGAUGUUAUUAUCUUGUAGCUUUACUCCACUAGAUGUUAUCUUGUAGCUUUAGUCCACUAGAUGUUAUAUUGUAGUUUUACUCUACUAGAUGUUAUUUUGUAGCUUUACUCUACUCUAUGUUAUUAUCUUGUAGCUUUACUCCACUAGAUGUUAUCUUGUAGCUUUACUCCACUAGAUGUUAUCUUGUAGCUUUACUCCACUAGAUGUUAUCUUGUAGCUUUACUCCACUAGAUGUUAUCUUGUAGUUUUACUCUACUAGAUGUUAUUAUCUUGUAGCUUUCGUCCACUAGAUGUUGUUAUAUUGUAGCUUUACUCCGCUAGAUGUUAUCUUGUAGCUUUAGUCCACUAGAUGUUAUAUUGUAGCUUUAGUCCACUAUAUGUUAUAUUGUAGUUUACUCCACUAGAUGUUGUUAUCUUGUAGCUUUCAUCCACUAGAUGUUAUUAUCUUGUAGCUUUACUCUACUCCAUGUUAUUAUCUUGUAGCUUUACUCCACUAGAUGAUAUUUUGUAGCUUUACUCCACUAGAUGUUAUUAUCUUGUAGCUUUCGUCCACUAGAUGUUGUUAUAUUGUAGCUUUACUCCGCUAGAUGUUAUCUUGUAGCUUUAGUCCACUAGAUGUUAUAUUGUAGCUUUAGUCCACUAUAUGUUAUAUUGUAGUUUACUCCACUAGAUGUUGUUAUCUUGUAGCUUUCAUCCACUAGAUGUUGUUAUAUUGUAGCUUUACUCCGCUAGAUGUUAUCUUGUAGCUUUAGUCCACUAGAUGUUAUAUUGUAGCUUUAGUCCACUAUAUGUUAUAUUGUAGUUUACUCCACUAGAUGUUGUUAUCUUGUAGCUUUCAUCCACUAGAUGUUAUUAUCUUGUAGCUUUACUCUACUCCAUGUUAUUAUCUUGUAGCUUUACUCCACUAGAUGAUAUUUUGUAGCUUUACUCCACUAGAUGUUAUUAUCUUGUAGCUUUUGUCCACUAGAUGUUGUUAUAUUGUAGCUUUACUCCGCUAGAUGUUAUCUUGUAGCUUUAGUCCACUAGAUGUUAUAUUGUAGCUUUAGUCCACUAUAUGUUAUAUUGUAGCUUUACUCCACUAGAUGUUAUCUUGUAGCUUUAGUCCACUAGAUGUUAUAUUGUAGUUUACGCCACUAGAUCAAAGUGGGGUCUGUUCUCUGAGCCUCUCUUCUUCCUGUAACACUCGGGUGAAGUUGCCCUGAGCAGACGCUGAUCUUGGGUCAGUUUUGCAUUUUCCCCACUAAUGGUUAAGGUUAGGAUUGGGGGAAGUUAAGCUGAUUCUAGAUCUGUACCGAAGGGAAACUUCACCCUGGAGCGUAACACUCAGUGAGGCGUGCUCUGAUUACUUCUUAAUCGUCUGCACUGUGACUCUCACAUGAUGCUGCUAGAAUCCCUGGGAGACUUGGGCUGUAUUCAUUAGGAACCAAACAGACUAACCCUAACCCUAACCCUCUCACAUGAUGUUACUGGAAUCACUGGGAGCCCUGGGCUUUAUUCAUUAGGAACCAAACUAAAGCCAAUGGGCCAAAACGGGGGAGGGAUCUACAUGAAUUUGUCCAAUAAGAAACUCUUGUUUCCGUUACAAAUCAUUUUGCUACAGUUUGCACUAGUGAAUACACACACGUCUGUCUGCUGGAGCCCUGAGCUAACUACCAACACACCACACCACACUGCAUAGAGCUGUACUGACCUGGCUUCCACCUCCUCUACUCUCUCCCUUUCCCCUCAGACAGCCUCCUCUCCUCUCCUCUCCUCUCCUCUCCUCUCCUCUCCUCUCCUCUCCUCUCCUCUCCUCUCCUCUCCUCUCCUCUCCUCUCCUCUCCUCUCCUCUCCUCUCCUCUCCUCUCCUCUCCUCUCCUCUCCUCUCCUCUCCUCUCCUCUCCUCUCCUCUCCUCUCUGUCCUGUAGUCUCUUAAACUGACUGGAAGACAGGGGAAGAAUUGCCUCUCAUACACUGACUAGCUGAGAGGACAGAGGAAUAAUAUUUUCUGAGAGGACAGGGGAAGAACCGCCUCUCACACAUUGAUUAGUUGAGAGGACAGAGGAAUACUAUUUUCUGAGAGGACAGGGGAAGAAUAUUUUCUGAGAGGACAGAGGGAGAACCGUUUCCUGGCAGCUAGGAAGAUGAGGAGGUUCCAGUCCAUGAGAUGGUUUCGUUUUCCCUGGUUGAGGAGAGAGACCGCACAGUCUGAGCCAGCCCACUCAAACCAAAGGUACAGGAACUGUCUGUCUGUCUGUCUGUCUGUAUGUCUGUCUGUCUGACAACCUGUAUGCUGUUAGUUAUAUACUCACUGUACAUCAUACUGAAUAAAGUUUACAGACCCUUCAACGUUGCAAGCAUAGAAAAACAAUCUAGAAAGCACUUGCAACCUUUAACCCUGUCAAUUUGACUGGUAAACACACGGGUACACUCACAAUGGCUAGCAGUCCACCCAUUAUGCCAUUCUUGACUUGAAUGGGGAGACCUGUUCUAUAGAUUAUAUUUCUAUGGUUGAGAGUAGGUUAAACCUAAAGACAAUGACCACUAUAGACUGAACCUGAUACGUUGUUUUGGUCUCAGGGAAACCUAAUUGUGUUUUGUCCAUCCUGUAUUCCUCUCUGAAGACAGACACAGAUAGAGAGUUGUCAGGAGUCCUUCAGGGGAGUGAGGACAGCAGCACAGAAGAACAGGCUCCAGAACCAGGACCUAAUGAUGGACCAGAGAACCAGGGUAGAACCAGGGAGGUAGAACCCAGAGCCCAUAGCAGGCCCUUCUCCCUGAGCGACUGCCUUCUCAAGUACCUCCUGUUCUUCAGCAACCUCCUCUUCACGGUGCUAGGCCUGUUGGUCCUGGCCCUGGGUCUGUGGGGGCUCAUCAACAAGGAAUCCUUCUCUCAGGAGAAAAUAGGACAGAUCAGCACCGACCCCAUGCUGGUGUUUGUGAUGCUGGACUUGGUGCUGUCCACCCUCUGCCUGUCAGGCUGUGUGGGGGCUCUGAGAGAGAACUGCUGCCUGUUCCAGGUCUUCUCAGCCACGGUGCUGGUCCUAGUAGUAGCCUAGGUCCUAGCGGCCAUCUUGGCCUACAGCCUGCAGGGACAGAUAGAGGGAUACCUGAGGUCAGGUAUGCUGGCUGCCAUGGUGCGUUACCAGGAUGACCUGGACCUGAGGUUCAUCACAGAUGAGAUCCAGAUGGGACUGCAGUGCUGCGGGGCCAACAACUACAGAGACUGGCAGGUCAACAUGUGAGUGAGAUGUGACUGACCAGACCACUGACAUGAUGACUUGUGAUGACAUGGUUCAUUGACUGACACACAGCCUUGUGAACUGAUGUCUGUCAAUGGGGGUUGUUAGGGUUUCAUCAUUUUGAUAAUUUUGAUAGUUUGAUAGUUCUGAUAGUUUUAAAAGAUAAUUUAUCUCAGAGAAUAACCUGUAUGAAUAAAGAUGAAAUAAAAUAUACAUCUGUAAAAGAUGUUACACAACUAGGGUUAUUGCUUUUAUGUCACAUAACAUUAUCCAAGCAGCCAAUUUGAUUGGUUGCAGUCCUUGACUUCUCCCCUCCCAAGUCCUCUCCCUCCCAGGUACUAUAAUGGGGGUGUAAUCCAGGCUCUGUCAUAGCCGGCAGCAACCGGGAGACCAAUGGGGCGGCGCACAAUUGGCCCAGCGUCGUCCAGGGUAGGGGAGGGAAUGGCCGGCAGGGAUGUAGCUCAGUUUGUAGAGCAUGGCGUUACAGUAGUACAUUUGAAUAGACACUUCCUUCAUAUGACCUACAGGGGGCAGCAGUGCUAACCUAAAAGCUUGUAAUGACUGUAGCUGGCCUCCACAGGAGCUGGUCAGAGGUAUUCUGUUGUUCUGCUUUAAUAAUCAGUCAGUCAACAGCACAGUAUUUACAUAUCAACUUUAUCUCCACAGUAGUUACACAUUGUUAACACUGUCAAUCCCAAAACACAAAUCUAGGGCUGCAGUGCAUUCAUGUAUUUCAUGUAUUCAGAAGCAUCUGCUAAUGGUGUUUCUAUCAGAUCCAGGUACAGUAUUGUAAUGGAAUGACUCCUGUUAGGAGUCUAUGGGCUACAUUAGUCCCUUAGUCUCUUCCCCAUUAUCAUCCUCUAUGCUGCAGUGCUGUAGUCCACCUCUGAGAUCCAGUCAUCCAUCACCUCAGAUUUGACACUGCCAGGCCCCAAGGCCAGGUUUGUCUCAGUAGUCAGUUGAUAGGUCUCAGGUCCAGGUUUUUCCCAGGAGGUAGAUGUAGGUCUCAGGGCCAGGUUUUGUCCCAGGGGGGUGAUGGUAGGCCAGGUCCAGGUAUGUCCCCCGGGGUAGGGUAGGGUCCCAGGCCAGGUUUUGGCCCAGAGGUGUUGGUAGGGGCUCAGGUCCCGGUUUUUCCCCCGGAGGUAGAUGGGGGGGCCAGGUCCAGGGGUUUUUCCCCGUAGGGAGAUGGUAGGGCUUUAAAGGGCCCCGGAUUCCCUGGGGGAGAUGAGGUCCCCCGGUCCGGUUUGUCCCAGUAGGGAUGGGAGGUUCAGGGGCCAGGUUGGGUCCCCUUGGGGCUGGUAGGCUCAGGUUUUAGGUUUGUCCAGGAGGGAGUGGGAGGUUUAAAAAAAACCCCGGGUUUUACAAAAAUUGGGGAGAUGGUAGGGCUCAGGUCCUUUUUUCCCAAGGGGGGUUGAUGGUUAGGGUUUAGGGGGCCAGUUUUCCCCGGGAGGUAGAUUUAGGGCUCAGGUCCCGGUUUUCCCCGUAGGUAGAUGGGAGGGCUCAGGUCCGGUUUGGGCCCAGUAGGGGAAAGGGAGGGGGCUCAGGUUUCCCUUUGUUCAUAGGGGAAAUGGUUUGGUCCCCAGUCCAGGUUUUUUCCCUAGGUAGCUGGUAGGUUUUCCCGGUCCAGGGUUUUUUAAAUAGGGGACUGGUAGGGCUCAAGGGGCAAGGUUUUGUAUUUUUUUUCCCAGUCCCCCCCCAUCCCUAUUUUUCUUGGUCUUCUUUUUGCCUUUUUUUUCCCGUUUUUUGGGUUUGAGUAUCUCGCUCAGGUGAGGUUGAUAAACCAAAGGGAGGAAAGGCAAUCUUCCAGCUUUUUUAAAUUUUUUUUUGCGUUUUGGAAAUGCUGGGCCCAAUCAAAACCUUUUCCCCCUCAUGGGCCCGUCAGCAAGUCAUGAAAGACAUCAAUUUUUAAAUCUCUCUUGGGGAAAAAUUGUCCCUCAAAUUUACCUUAAAAAGGGGUUUAGGUUAACAUGGGGUUUCACUGACCACUCAGUCUGCCUAAUAUGACCAUUAAAUUUUUUGGAAAAGAUGGGGUCAAAUCACCCUGUAAGACAGAGUUUCCACUUGGGCCCCAACACUCACCAAAAAAUUUUUCCCCACAUAUAAAGAAGGGGUUCCAAACAGCUCUCAAGGGCGGGCGAAACUUUUUUGGGAAUAUUGUGAAUUUUUGGGGUUUUGUGAAAAGGUUGGGAGAAAUAGAAUUAAAAUUUUGUUUCUACUGGAUUCCAAUCCAAGGUUUUUUUGGGAUAAACGUAAAAAACAACAAUGGCUUUACUUUGGUUUUUGUUGUUAUGCCCCUGUAUAUGAACCUGUUAAGCACGGGCUUUUGGUUUUUUUUUGUUAUAGCAACGGAAUAAAAAUGUUAAACAGCUUUUUUUCAGCAUUAAAAGCGUCUGACCCAAAGCCGUGCAGCAACGUGCCCGUCAAUAAUACAUUAAAAAAUGCAUUACUCCAACAGAAAACACUGUUUGGGGCAGCCAAAUAAAAGGGCCCGACUGGGGAAUGGGUUUCUGUUAGCACUCCCCCAGUUUCCCCUAAUCUAUCCCAAUCUUUAACCCGGCUUGCGGUAAAUUUUAGAAAAUCAAUACCUAAAAAUUUAAUCAGUUAUUUCAAAGCUUUAGAUAUGAACAAAUUAAUUUUACAGAAACAAAAAAGUUCAAAUAUUUUAAAACCCCUCACAAUUAGUGGACUAUUUUUUAUUUAAAGACCUUUGGGGAAAACGGAAAGAUUAUUUUUACAGCUGUACUGGACCUGCCCCUCCCCAACAAAACCAAAGCGGCACGCCGCACGCACAAAACCCCAAAACACACCUUCCUGUGUAAAUACUGUCUCUUUAUUGUAGUACUGUUUCUUUUCCCGUGUAUCCUGUCCCCUUUUCCGUUAGUAAUGUCUUUUUCCCGGGGGUUUGAAAUGCUCUUCCUGUGAAAUGUGUUUUUUUCCUUGGGGGGGAAAAUAUGUUUCUUCCUGUGUAGUACUGUCUCUUCCGGGCCUUCUGUUAAUAUUGUUCCCCCUUAUUUGUUACGUCUUUCCUUGGGUACUGUCCCCUUCCUGGUUUUGUAUUGGGCCUUUUGUGUAGCCUGGCUCUUUUCCAGUAUACUUUUCUCUUUCCCGUCCCCUUCCCUGUGUAGAAAUUGCCUUUUCCCGUGUUUUCCUGUCCAUCCUGGGGAGUUUCUUUCUCUUUCCGGGGUAGUUUUGGUUUUUUCCGUCACUUUCCCUUUUUAUACUGUUUUUCUUUCCCGGGGUUUGUACGGGUUUCUUCUUGGGUAGUACUGUCUCUUCCCCGUGUAGAAAUGGUCUUCCUGUCUUUCCUGUUUUAAAACUUGGGUCUUUCCCGUGUUUGUCCCGGGCCCUCCCGUUGGGAGUACGUCUUUCCGGUUUAAAUACUGUUUUCCCUUUCCCGUUACACUGUUCCUUUCCCGUGUAGUACUGUCCCUCCUGGUAGUCUUCUCUUCCUUUUGUAUCGUCUCUUCCGGGGUUUUACGUCCUUCCUGUGUAGUACUGUCUCUUUCCGUGUAGUACUGUUUUUUUUCCCGGGUAGUACUGUUUUUUCCUUUUUGUAGUACUGGCCCCUUUCCCGUCUCUUUUUCCCGGGGAGUAGGGGCUCUCAAAGUGUAUACGGGCUCUUACGGGGAUAAGGGGGCCCUGGGAGGACGGGGGGGUUCCUUUUGUAGGACUAAUCUUUCCCGUUUUUCUUCCUGUGUAGCAUUGUCUCUUCAUGGGGGAGUACUGUCUUUCCCCAUGUAGUACUUUUCCCCUUCCGUGUAGUAUUGGGCCCCUUCUGGUACACUGUCCCUUCCUAUGUAGUACGGUCCCCUUUCCCGUCUUUCCUGCAACACAACACCACACCUUCCUUGUAGUAUGUUUUUUUUUCAUGGUAUACCCGUUUUUUUCCGUUUUAGUCCUGUCCCCCUUCCUGGGUAGGACUUCUUCUUCCUGUGUAAAUAAAUGUCUCUUCCGGGGUAGUGCUGUUUUUCCGGGGUAUACUGUUUUUUUCCCCGUUUUUGUAAAGGGCCUUCCUUUUCUUUCCCGGUUUUUAAUAUUUUCUCUUCAUGUUAGUACUGUCCCCUUCCAGGGAGUACUGUUUUCUUCCGUGUAGUUUGUCUCUUAAAGUGGGAGCACGGCCCUUCCCAUGUAGACUGUCUCUUCCUGUCUUUCCCGUGUAGUACUUGCUCUUUUCCCGUGGGAUUCCCGUUUCUUCCCGUGGGAGUACGUCCUUUUCCCGGGGUGUCCCGUCCUUCCUGUUUUAUUCCUGUUUAGUCCUUGGGUCUUCCUGUGGUACUUCUCCUCCUGUGUAGUACGUCUCUUCCGGGUUUUGUAAAAUGGGCUCUUUUUGUGAGCACUGGGCCCCUUCCCGGUAGUAAAAUGUCUCCUCCUGGUAGUAAAUGUCCUUUCCCGGGUUUUAAUUUUUUUCCUUGUAGUCCCGUCUCUUCCCCGGGUAGUAAAUGUCCCCCUGUCUUAUUCCUUUUUUAGUACUUGCCUUUCCCGUUUUAAAUACCCCUCCUCCUGGUGGACUGUUUCUUCUUCCCCCCCCGGGUUUUGUACGUCUCUUUCCCGUGUAGCACUGUUUUCCGGGGGAAAUAAUGGGGCUCCCCUGUGUAGUCUGUCUCUUUCCUGGGUAGCUGUUUUUCUUCCUGGGGUUUUUUCUGUCUUUUUCCCGUGUAGUUUCUGGGCUUUUUCCUGUGUAGUACUGUUUCUUCCAGGUAAAAACUGUUUCUUCCCCUUUUUAGUACGGGCUCUUCCUGGCUCUUCCUGUGUAGGAUUUUCUCUUUAUUGUAGUACUGUCCUUAAAGGGGGUAGUAAAUGGCUCUUCCGGGGAGUACUGGUUUCCGGUUUGGGAUACAUCUUUGUCUCCUUUCCUGGAGCAUUUUCUCUUCCUGUGUAGUCCUGUCUCUUACUGGGAGUACUGUCCCUUUCCGUUGUACUGUUCUCUCCUGGGCUUUCCCGGGGGUACUGUCUUUUCCCUUUUGACUGUUUUUUCCUGUUUUAGUACUGUCUCUUUCUGAGUAUAUGUUUUCUUCCUGUUUAGUACGGGUUUUUUCCUUUUUUUAGACUGUAUUCCGUCUCUUCCUGGUUUUUGCAUUUUCCCCUUUAUUGUAGUACGGGGCUCUUCCUGGGUAGUACGUCUUCCUCCCGGGUCUCCCUGGGUAUUCCCCCUUUCUUCCCGUGUAGUACGUUUCUUUGUGUGGCUGUUCCUUCCUAGGGGUACGGUUUUCCCUUUGUGUAAAUCUGUUUUCCCUUUCCCGUUUAGUACGGGCUCUUUUAGUGUAGUACUUUAUAUUCCGUGUAGGACUGGCUCCUUUCCCGUGUUUGUACUGUUUUUCAUGUGUAGUACUUUUUUUUCUUAUGUAACGGGAUCCCUGUCUCUUAAAGGAGCAUUGGUUUUUAUGUGUUUUACGUCCUCCUGUUUUAGUAAUGUCCCUUCCUGUCUCUUCUGGCCCUUUUGGUUUUCCCCUUCUGUGGAAACACUUGGUUUUUAUUCCCGUGUAGUACGUCUCUUCAUUUUGUAGUACCCGUUUUUUCUUCCUUUGGGAGUACUGUUUUUUCCAUAUAUACGUCUCUUCCUGUUCUUCCUGUGUAGUACUUCCCCUUUUUGGGUAGGUUUUUUUCUUUUCCUUUUGUAGUUUUUCUGGGUUUUUUCCUAUGUAGUACUGUCUUUUUCCCGGGAGUUUCGUUUCUUCCUGUGCAGUACUGGUUUUUCCUUUUUAGUACUGUCCCCUUUUCCUGUCCCUUCCGGGUAGGACUGUCUCUUCUUUUGGUAGGAUUUCCCUUUUUUGGAUUUGGGGUUUCUUCCAAAGUAGUUUUGGCUUUCCCCGGGGGGAGGGUUUUUUUUUCUUCCUGGCCGUACUGUUUUUCCCGUGUAGUACUGUCUCUUCCCGGUAGUUUUCUGUUUUCUUCCUGUGGGAGUACUGUUUUUUCCUGUUUUAGUACUGUUCUUCCUGGUUACGUUUUUUCCGUUUUAGACUGGUUUUUUUUCCGGGGGAGGGCUGUACCCUGGCCUUUUUUGGGUAGAGGGGCCCUUCAAAGUGGGGACUUUUCCUUCCGGGGGGGACGGCCCCGGCCCCCCAUUAGGACGGGGGCUCCUUUUAGGGCUGUUCUUUUCCCGGGGGUACGUCUCUUCCCGGGGAGUUUCUGGCACUUCCCCCUGUAAAAAUGGUUUUUUCCUUUUUGGGGAGGACGGGGGUUUUUUCCUGUGGGGGGGGGGGGGCUAUUUCCCUUUUAGUAUGUCCCCUUUUCCGGGGAUACUGCUCUUUCCCGCCUCCUCCCCUUGUGUAUACUUUCUCUUCCUUGUGACUGGCUCUUUCCGGGUAGAUUGGGGAUUUUCCGGGGGAGGACUCCUUUUUUCCCCGUGGAGGGGGGUUUUUUUCUUUCCCGGGCCGGACUUUCCUUCCGGGGGGACGGGGCUCCCUGAGGAGGACGGGGGGGGUUCCGGGGGAAAACUGGGGGCUUUCCUGGGUGUACUGGAAACCCGGGCUCCCGGUUUUGCCGGGGGCUUCCCGGGGGGGGUUAAAUGCCUUCCGGGGUAGGACCCGUCCCCGUCCUUUGGGGGAGGACUGUCUCUUUCCCGGGUAGGAAUGUUUCUUUCCCGGGUAGUACGGGGCCCCCAGGGAGGACCUUUUUCCCCGGGGUAGGACUGUCCUCUUCCUGGGGGGGGACGGGCCUUCAUGUGUAGUACGUUAAACCGGGGGAGGACCGCCCGGGGGGAGGGGGCUUCCCUGGGGGGGACUGUUUUCCCCUUCCCAGGGAGGACGACGCCUGGGCCGUAAUGGGGGGCAUUUGGGGGCUUCAGGGGAGGGCUGUCUUUCCGGUUGGACUGUCUCCCGGGGGCCCCGGGGGGUACGGGGGGGGCCCCCGUGGAGCACGGGGGCACUUCCUGUUAGUACCCCGGCACUUUUGGGGUAGUUUUUUCCCCUUUGGGGGGGGAUGGGGGGUUUUUUCCAAAAGUACGGGGCUUCUUUCCUUCCUUUUGUGUAGUACGGGCUCUUCUUUUGGGGGGGGAUUUGCUUUCCUGGGGGAGGACUGUUUCCCAGGGAGAAAGGGCCUUCCGGGGUAUACCCGUUUCUUCCCGGGGGAGGACGGGUUUUUUCCUUGGGGGGGACGGGGGGGUUCCGGGGCCUUUCCGGGUAGACCUCUUCGGGGGGGUAUUUUCCCCUUUCCCGUGGAGUUUCUGGGUUUUUUCCCAUGUAUACCCGUCCUUUUCCGUGGAAAACUUGGGGUUUUUUCCCGUGCCGUAUGGUUUUUUCCCCGUUUUGUUAAUAAGUCCUUCCUGGUAGUACGGGUUUUUUCCGUUUAAUGGGGUUUUUUCCGGGGAGGGCGGGGGGUCCCGUCCUUCCCCUUUCCCGGGGAGAUUGUCCCCUUUUAGGGGUAUUUUCGGGCCUUUCCCGGGGAGGAAAUGGCUCUUCCCCGGGCCCUUCCCUGGGUAGACGGGCCUUCCUGUGGAGUACUGUUUUUUUCCGGGGGAGUAGGUUUUUCCUGGUAGUACUGGGCCUUUCCGGGGAGGACGGGGGGGGCCCGGGGGGAGGACUGGAUCUUUUCCCCCGUAAAAACGGGCCUCUUCCGGGGGAAAACCGUUUCCCCGGGGGGAAGGCGGGGGCCCUAGGAGGACGGGGGGGUUCCUGUUCCCUUAAGGGGUAGCCGGGGUUCAGGGGGAGGAAAGUCUCCCUGUGGGGGGGGGGAACUGGGGGGGGCCCGUCCCCUUCCUGUUCCCCGUGGGGUAUGUCCCUUCCUUUUGGGAGGGGGUGGCUCUUCCGGUGGGGACUGUCCCAUGUGGGUACGUUUUUCCUGUGUAGUACUGUCCUUUCCCGGGAGUAAAGUUUCUUCCUUGGGGGGGACUGGUUUCCUUUUCCUAUAUAGUCCGUCCUUUCCCGUCCUUUCCCGUGUAGUUGUCUCUUCCUGGUAGUACGGUUUUUUUUCCUGUUUAUCCCGGGUUUUCCUGGGGUAGUCCCGUAUUUCCUGUCUUUCCCGUGGACAUUUCUCUUCAUGGGUAUUAAAGUCCCCUGGUAGGGAAAGGGCUUUUUCCUUUUCCUUUUCCCAUGUAGGAAAUGUCUUUCCCGUUAGUACUUUCUUUCCCGGGGGAAUACUGGUAUUCCCUUUCCCGUGUUUUACGGGCUCUUCCUCUUUUAAAAGGGGGCUUUUUUCCCUUUUUAAAUUGGUUUUUCCUCCUGGGUUGGGGAGUACUGUCCAUUCCUGGGGUAGUACUGCUUUACCGGGUAGUACGGGCCUUUUCCGGCCCCUUUCCCGGGGGGUAAGGGGGCUUUCCCGGGGGGUACUGGGCUUCCAGAGGAGGGGUUUAUUCCUGGGAGGACCUUUUUUUCCCGAGUAUUUCUUUUUUCCCGGGGGGACUGGGGGGGGCCCGGGGGGACGGGUUUUGCCUUUUUCUUCCGGGGUAGGGGGGGGAUUGGGGGGGGAGGGUAGUACGGGGCCCCCCCUGUGGAGUAUUGGGCUCUUCCCGUCUCUUCCUGUUAGUCCGUCUCUUCCUGGGGGUAGUUUUUUUUUUCUUUCCCGUGUAGUCUGUCUCUCCCUUGUUGUACUGUCUCUUCCCGUGGAGUUACUGUCUCUUUUGUGUGUACUGUCUCUUAGUUAGUACUUUUCUUUCCCGGUAGUACUGGCCUUCCCGUGUGGUAAGUUUCUUUCCUGUGAGUAUGGGUUUUUUCCUAUGUAGGACUGUAUUUCCCGUCCUUAAUUUUGUAGCAUUUUUUUUGUUUUAUGUGUCGUAUUUUUCUCUCCGGGGUUACUUCUCUUUCCCGUCUCUUCCUGUGUGGGACUGGUUUUCUUCCUGUUUGGGAGUACUGUCCCCUUCCGUGGGAGUCUUUUCUCCCCAUGUGGAGGACUGUUUCCUUCCUUGGAGGACGGGGGGGUUCUAAUAGGACUGGGCCCCCUUCCGGGGGGGUUUCCCGUGGAAAUACUGGUCUUCGGGGGAGAUUUUUCCUUUCCGGGGGGGGGACUGGGGUUUUUUUUCCCAUGUAGUACGGGGCUCUUCCGUGUAGUAGGGCUCUUCCUGUGUAUUACUGUCUCUUCCUGUGUAGUACUAUCUCUUCCUUUGUAGUACUAUCUCUUCCCGCGUAUUACUCUCUCUUCCUGUGUAGUACUGUCUCUUUCUGUGCAGUACUGUCUCUUUCUGUGCAGUACUGUGUCUUCCUGUGUAGUACUUUCUCUUCCUGUGUAGUACGGUCUCUUAAUUUGUAGUACUGUCUAUUCCUGUGUGUGUAGGAUUAGUUCAGGGUUAUGGAAAAUAAGUCAUAGGUGUCCAUUUCUCUCUGUCUGAACUCAAUCUUGUUUUUCCCUUCUUUGGGCCCUGGACAAACAUAGUCCACUAUGGGAAUAGGGUGCCAUCCAAGGAGGAGAGGCCAGGGUCUCUGCUGCUGUGUGUUUUCUCGUAUGCUGCCUGGGCCCCCAGAGUUAGAACACAGAGGCUGCCUGGGCCCCCAGAGUUAGAACACAGAGGAUAUUAUUUUCCAGUAGAGGACUGAGACCCAGCUUUAUAAGUCUGUUAUAGCCAUCAGCUAGACUGAGAUGUCUUGCCAUCACCAACAAACAGGAGCAUGAUGAGAGACAGAGAGAGACGGGGAGAAGGCAAAGUAAAAAAUAUGAGAGAGAGAGAGAAAUGGUGUGAUAUCCCUCUUCUUCUUGGCACCUUGUUCCUGUGCUGUCAUACUUUCCCCAUUCAGGACUGUGCUGCGUUGGUCUGGGCUCUACUGAGCUGCUUGAUGAAGCUGCUGGAGCUGGCCCUGCACCCAGGAUUACAGUUUUACUGCUCAGGAUCAAGCUGGCCGGGGUUGGAAGAACCACCAGCUCAGGCCAGGGUAAAGCUUGGGGUUGUAGUGUAGGAUGGUGGGACUGAGGCUGCUGAUGGGGAAUUGGGCAUGUUGCAUGGGAUGUGGUUGUAACUGGUACUGUGUUCAUUUACUAGAACUGGAGUUGAGACAGGGUCUGGAAGACAUUACUCUCCAUCUGAACCUUCACAAUAAACCAUUCUUCAAUCAACCUCUAACACACAACCAUCACUAUCCUGUCUCUGGACUCACUGAGCCUCACACCUCAUUCAUAUAGAUGGUCAUAGACACUUUACAGUCACGUUGUCCUAGCUGUUAAAAUGAGUGGGAAAGUACAUUAUUUGGUUAUUUUGAAAUAAGCUGCAAUGCUUUGUUAUAAUGAUGGUAUAAACCCUCUCUCCUUAUUAACUCUUCAUAAACUCUCCCUAGUGUUGAAAACAUCAGGUAAUAUGUCUGUGACCCACAGCAGGUCUGGACUUGUUUCAUCACACACAUGGCUCAGUGCCUGUCCUUGACUGGAACACAACACACAUCCCUCCCUCCCUAACUCCCUCCCUCCUCUGGGUCCUUGGCCAGCAUGUGUUCCCCUACAGUAACACUACUGUGUUGGACAUCAUACUGGUCUGAUCCAGGCCUGUAGUGGACAGAACCCAGUCAACAUGUGUAUGCUACAUCUCAGUGGUUCACAGGGACAGUGGACAGGACCCAGUCAACAUGUGUUAUCCCGAGUGGCGCAGUGGUCUAAGGCACUGCAUCGCAGUGCUAGCUGUGCCACUAGAGAUCCUGGUUUGAAUCCAGGCUCUGUCGUAGCCAGCCGCGACUGGGAGACCCAUGGGGCGGCGCACAAUUGGCCCAGCUUCGUCCAGGGUAGGAGAGGAAUGGCUGGUAGGGAUGUUGGUAGAGCAUGGCGUUUGCAACGCCAGGGUUGUGGGUUCGAUUCCCAUGGGGGGCCAGUAUGAAAAAAAUAUAUAAUGUAUGCACUCACUAACUGUAAGUCGCUCUGGAUAAGAGCGUCUGCUAGAUGACUAAAAUGUAAAUGUAAAAUGUAUGUCAAAUCUCAGUGGUCCACAGGGCCAGUGGACAGGACCCAGUCAUCAUGUGUAUGUUACAUCUCAGUGGUCCACAGGACCCAGUCAACAUCUGUAUGGUACAUCUCAGUGGUCCACAGGGCCAGUGGACAUGAUCCAGUCAUCAUCUGUAUGGUACAUCUCAGUGGUCCACAGGGCCAGUGGACAGGAUCCAGUCAUCAUCUGUAUGGUACAUCUCAGUGGUCCACAGGGCCAGUGGACAGGAUCCAGUCAUCAUCUGUAUGGUACAUCUCAACAUCUUUACAUCUAACCCAUGUUAGAUUAGCAGUAUGUCUGUCUCAGUCUCUUUUCAACAUUGCUAUGUUCAGGGAAUAUGUAUAUUCUCAUACAAUGGGUGGAUCUAGAAACCAUGUAUUAUAAGAUAUACAAUAUAUUCAAUAUACCGUAGUCCAGGAGAUGGAUCUAGAAUCCAUAUACUGUAAGAUAUACAAUAUAUUAAAUAUACCUUAGUCCAACAUUUCUCAGACUCUGUCCUGGGGAUCCUAAGGAAUUUACAUUUAGAUUUUUGUCCUAGCAAUACACAGCUGAUUCAUAUAAUCAAUUAUUUUAUUAUUUUAAUGAGGUUUGGAGUGCCUAGGGCAAAAAAGUGCAUCCCUUGGUGUCCCCAGGACCGAGUUAGGGAAACGCUGCUGUAGUCAAAAGGUGGAAGACCCUUAGCUUGUUUGAUCAACAGGUAUGUGAUGUCAGUUAAAGACUAAACCAUUAUCUUGUUUGAUCAACAGGUAUGUGAUGUCAGUUAAAGACUAAACCAUUAUCUUGUUUGAUCAACAGGUAUGUGAUGUCAGUUAAAGACUAAACCGUUAGCUUGUUUGAUCAACAGGUAUGUGAUGUCAGUUAAAGACUAAACUGUUAGCUUUUUUGAUCAACAGGUACAGUGGGGAGAACAAGUAUUUGAUACACUGCCGAUUUUGCUGGUUUUCCUACUUACAAAGCAUGUAGAGGUCUGUGAUUUUUAUCAUAGGUACACUUCAACUGUGAGAGACGGAAUCUAAAACAAAAAUCCAGAAAAUCACAUUGAAUGAUUUUUAAGUAAUUAAUUUGCAUUUUAUUGCAUGACAUAAGUAUUUGAUCACCUACCAACCAGUAAGAAUUCCGGCUCUCACAGACCUGUUAGUUUUUCUUUAAGAAGCCCUCCUGUUCUCCACUCAUUACCUGUAUUAACUGUACCUGUUUGAACUCGUUACCUGUAUAAAAGACACCUGUCCACACACUCAAUCAAACAGACUCCAACCUCUCCACAAUGGCCAAGACCAGAGAGCUGUGUAAGGACAUCAGGGAUAAAAUUGUAGACCUGCACAAGGCUGGGAUGGGCUACAGGACAAUAGGCAAGCAGCUUGGUGAGAAGGCAACAGCUGUUGGCGCAAUUAUUAGAAAAUGGGAGAAGUUCAAGAUGACGGUCAAUCACCCUCGGUCUGGGGCUCCAUGCAAGAUCUCACCUCGUGGGCCAUCAAUGAUCAUGAGGAAGGUGAGGGAUCAGCCCAGAACUACACGGCAGGACCUGGUCAAUGACCUGAAGAGAGCUGGGACCACAGUCUCAAAGAAAACCAUUAGUAACACAUUACGCCGUCAUGGAUUAAAAUCCUGCAGCGCACGCAAGGUCCCCCUUGUCCAGGCCCGUCUGAAGUUUGCCAAUGACCAUCUGGAUGAUCCAGAGGAGGAAUGGGAGAAGGUCAUGUGGUCUGAUGAGACAAAAAUAGAGCUUUUUGGUCUAAACUCCACUCGCCGUGUUUGGAGGAAGAAGAAGGAUAAGUACAACCCCAAGAACACCAUCCCAACCGUGAAGCAUGGAGGUGGAAACAUCAUUCAUUGGGGAUGCUUUUCUGCAAAGGGGGCAGGACGACUGCACCAUAUAGAGGGGAGGAUGGAUGGGGCCAUGUAUCGCGAGAUCUUGGCCAACAAGCUCCUUUCCUCAGUAAGAGCAUUGAAGAUGGGUCGUGGCUGGGUCUUCCAGCAUGACAACGACCCGAAACACACAGCCAGGGCAACUAAGGAGUGGCUCCGUAAGAUGCAUCUCAAGGUCCUGGAGUGGCCUAGCCAGUCUCCAGACCUGAACCCAAUAGAACAUCUUUGGAGGGAGCUGAAAGUCCGUAUUGCCCAGCGACUGCCCCGAAACCUGAAGGAUCUGGAGAAGGUCUGAAUGGAGGAGUGGGCCAAAAUCCCGGCUGCAGUGUGUGCAAACCUGGUCAAGACCUACAGGAAAUCUCUGUAAUUGCAAACAAAGGUUUCUGUACCAAAUAUUAAGUUCUGCUUUUCUGAUGUAUCAAAUACUUAUGUCAUGCAAUAAAAUGCAAAUGAAUUACUUAAAAAUCAUACAAUGUGAUUUUCUGGAUUUUUGUUUUAGAUUCCGUCUCUCACAGUUUAAGUGUACCUAUGAUAAAAAUUACAGACCUCUACAUGCUUUGUAAGUAGGAAAACCUGCAAAAUCGGCAGUGUAUCAAAUACUUGUUCUCCCCACAGUAUGUGUUUUCAGUUAAAGACUAAACCCUUAUCUUGUUUGAUCAACAGGUAUGUGAUGUCAGUUAAAGACUAAACCGUUAGCUUUUUUGAUCAACAGGUUUGUGUUGUCAGUUAAAGACUAAACCGUUUGGUUUUUUGAUCAACAGGUUUGUGUUGUCAGUUAAAGACUAAACCGUUAGCUUGUUUGAUCAACAGAUAUGUGAUUUCAGCUGUAAGUUGUGUGCUGGUAUUUAUAGUAUAUCACUGUGGCUGGUGGAUGGAAUGAUAAUGUUGUGUGUGUGUGUGUGUGUGUGUGUGUGUGUGUGUGUGUGUGUGUGUGUGUGUGUGUGUGUGUGUGUGUGUGUGUGUGUGUGUGUGUGUGUGUGUGUGUGUGUGUGUGUGUGUGUGUGCGUAUGUGAAGCUGUGGUGCUCAUGCCAGUACUGUCCAGUCAGAUUCCUGCACAGUGAUAAAAGGGAUCAGGUUAUUUCUACAGCAUCUGGCUGCCUGGAAUGGGUUCUAUCUGGCUUCUACAUCUCUGGUCUCUCAGUAGAGGAAUAUUCUGCCAGUAGAAUAACCUUAGUGCAGUCAAACGGGCUAUAUUGUGCUUGCAAAUUACCUUAAAAGCUUUGACCAAAAAAGCUUGCUGUUGUAAUCACUGGACAUUCAAUUACAGUAAACACUUUUCUGUGAUAAAUCAUCAUCAGAUAGUUUGUAAAACUUUGGUCUUAAUAAGUGAUGGAGGCUGGCAACAUGUUUCCCUUCUGCCUGCUAUUAGAAGUGAUGGAGGCUGGCAACAUGUUUCCCUUCUGCCUGCUAUUAGAAGUGAUGGAGGCUGGCAACAUGUUUCCCUUCUGCCUGCUAUUAGAAGUGAUGGAGGCUGGCAACAUGUUUCCCUUCUGCCUGCUCUUAGAAGUGAUGGAGGCUGGCAAAAUGUUUCCCCUCCACCUGCUAUUAGAAGUGAUGGAGGCUGGCAACAUGUUUCCCUUCUGCCUGCUCUUAGAAGUGAUGGAGGCUGGCAAGUGAUGGAGGCUGGCAACAUGUUCCCCUCCACCUGCUAUUAGAAGUGAUGGAGGCUGGCAACAUGUUUCCCCUCCACCUGCUAUUAGAAGUGAUGGAGGCUGGCAACAUGUUCCCCUCCACCUGCUAUUAGAAGUGAUGGAGGCUGGCAACAUGUUUCCCCUCCACCUGCUAUUAGAAGUGAUGGAGGCUGGCAACAUGUUUCCCCUCCACCUGCUAUUAGAAGUGAUGGAGGCUGGCAACAUGUUUCCCCUCCACCUGCUAUUAGAAGUGAUGGAGGCUGGCAACAUGUUUCCCCUCCACCUGCUAUUAGAAGUGAUGGAGGCUGGCAACAUGUUUCCCCUCCACCUGCUAUUAGAAGUGAUGGAGGCUGGCAACAUGUUUCCCCUCCACCUGCUAUUAGAAGUGAUGGAGGCUGGCAACAUGUUUCCCCUCCACCUGCUAUUAGAAGUGAUGGAGGCUGGCAACAUGUUUCCCCUCCACCUGCUAUUAGAAGUGAUGGAGGCUGGCAACAUGUUUCCCUUCCACCUGCUAUUAGAAGUGAUGGAGGCUGGCAACAUGUUUCCCUCCACCUGCUAUUAGAAGUGAUGGAGGCUGGCAACAUGUUUCCCCUCCACCUGCUAUUAGAAGUGAUGGAGGCUGGCAACAUGUUCCCCUCCACCUGCUAUUAGAAGUGAUGGAGGCUGGCAACACAUGUUUCCCUUCCACCUGCUAUUAGAAGUGAUGGAGGCUGGCAACAUGUUUCCCCUCCACCUGCUAUUAGAAGUGUGGAGGCUGGAAACCUUGUUUCCCUUCAACCUCAUUAAAUGAUGGAGGCUGGAAAUGUUUUUCCCCCCCCACCGCUUUUAGAAGUGUGGAGGCUGGAAACUUUUUCCCCUCCCCCUGCUUUUAAAUUAUGGAGGCGGGAAACAUUUUUCCCCCCACCUGCUAUUAGAAGUGAGGGGGCUGCAACAGUUUCCCCUCCCCCUGCUAUUAGAAGGAGGGAGGCGGAAACAUGUUUCCCUUUCCCACCUCACUUCAAUAGGGGAGACUGGGUUUAAAUAAAAAAUUUUUUUGUCUAUUUAAUCUCUUUUAAAAAAAUUUUUUUUGGGGUUCCCAUCAGUGUUUUUGGUUCCUGUGUAAAAAAAGGUUAGUGUCAACUUUUCAACUGUUCUUCCUGGGGAACCCACACUGUCCCAGAGAGAGCAUUGGUCUGUAAUAUUCCAAUAAAUCAAUGUUGUUCACUGGUGAGAUGGAAUUUAAUCACAACGUUUUCUUAUUUUUCUCUCUCCAAAUGUUCCUACAUUUGUUUAUAACAUUUUAGAGUCUAGAAACACAGAAGACUAAUGAUAUAUCUCACAGGAGUCAUGGAUCUCUUCUCACUACUCCAUGAUGGCUCUCUGCUCUGCAGGGGCUUAUUCCCCCAUCUCCAGACCCAGCUGGCUCAGGCCCCGGGCUGGCCCUUACUGGGCUGGCUGGCGACAGACUGGCCUCUCCUCUCCUCAGCCCAGCACCAGAGGGAACGAAUUUCUGUUUUUCUGGGACGGUAAUGUUUGGAUUGAAGCAAGUUAUGUCAUGAUCAUUAGAUCCAUUUAUAACGGUGACAGGAUGAUCACAUGCUACCAUGAGUAAUUAACAAGCUGUGUGUUUCAGUACUGGUUUUAGUCAUGAUCUUAGGUUAACUCCAUGGGAUCUUAAUUGAACUAUAGGGUAUUACAUCAUCUGGAAUAUCAGGCAACACUGUGUAUAACCAUGGAAACUGCAACAACAUGACAGUAACAGAGUGUCUUAUUUUCUGUGAACAUGAACAGUGUAUACAGUGUAGUUUGUUACAUGUUUCAUUUCUCCAUCACAUGAUUCAGACUCGGCCCAAACAAUGAUGUAAGGUGUUAUUCUCCUAUGUUUACUGCUGAAUAAUCUCCUGAUUAGAACUUUAUGAGCUGUCAGUGUGUGUAUGUGACUCCCUGGUUGUGAGACUGGGUUAACCGCUUUACUCUUGACAGUCUCAGACCCUUUUCACACUAUCAUGCCAACCUGAACCCUACUGAGCUGGCUCAGAUAUCAGACCCUUUUCACACUAUCAUGCCAACCUGAACCCUACUGAGCUGGCUCAGAUAUCAGACCCUUUUCACACUAUCAUGCCAACCUGAAACCUACUGAACAGGCUCAGAUAUUUUAGUUUCACAUUGUCAUUUGCAGGAUUGUUCCAGCAACUAUGGUGGUUGGAUGGGGAACCAGGCCAGCGCAGCUGAGUUCAGCUCAGCUUGUCUCGGCUCGGUUCGGUUCAACUCAGUAGUGUAAAAAGGGUAUUAGAGAGCGGUCGGAGCUGGCUGGGCUGGGCUGCAGGCAGAGCCCAGAUGUUCCACAGAUGAUUACAGUAGGCUUCAGGAACGUAGUUCUGGAGGAAGAGGAGGAGGAGCGGGGAGGUGGGGGGGGGGAGGAGGAAGAGGGAGGAGGGAUACUGCUGCUACAUCAAACACCUCCACUGUAUCUGUGGCCAGACAGGCUUUAGAGAUGACAUUUCACUGUAACACUACAGACCUCCAGACCAGCGUUUCUUUCUGUGUGUGUGUGUGUGUGUGUGUGCGCACAGGAACCGUGUGUGUGUGUGUGUGUGUGUGUGUGCAUUUACAGAGGGGUGUCCUGGUUAUAAAGGGGAGGAGUCCAGCAGGUGGGGGAUGGCUUAGAGAGUUUAUAAGAGAGCUGUCCACAUCAUGUUCUUCUACAGAGCUUCAGUCAUACUGGAAUACUACCACACACUGUUCUGGUCUGGUCUAAUCUGGUCUAGUCUGGUCUGGUCUGGGGAUAAACAGCUCACAUCUCAGCUUCACAGUCAGGUAGAGUAUCUACAGAUAAACCAGCUGUAAUCACUGGAUAUUAGGGAUCAAUAUUCAAUAUUAUUUUAUUGAUAUUAGAUUUAUUUACAGAGGAAAAUGUUUUCUAUUGUGAAACAAUCAUCCACUGGAUAUCUGCAUGCCAAAUGGAAUGUGAACAUGAACUAGUCUGAAAAUAAUGACUGUGUAAAUAAUAUGACAAUAUAACAUCACAUCAACUUCAGAUAAUAUAUUGAUUCUGCAUGUAACUGAUGGCGGGUUAUUCUGUGCCGAACUGUAGUAACAACUUCCAGUUCAGCCAAUCACAUAAUGAUGGUGUUUUAUCUGCUUUUGCCCAGAGAGACUAUUCUCUGAUAAUCACUGUUACGAACCCCGUGGCUCUAAACGUCUAGGGUGGAUGGACAUGAGACCCGUAACAUAAAUUAUGCAAAUUAGGAGUGUGGCAUGGAGCAGUGAGAACAAAUGUGACACAACAACCAUGAACUACCGUCAAACACAAAUGGUUUAUUUCAGAACACACGGUAAGGGUUUGGGAAAAAGGGCUGAGCAGGACCCAAGAAAUGAAACAAUAGUGUAAAACCCCCUAAACUGAUCUAGCCUGCCUGAAGAACCGCUAGGCUACUGCUAGUCAUACAAAAGUACAGUGGGUGGUCCGCUCAGGUCUAACUAGUGUUUUUAGACAGAUUUCUUCCUACGGGUAAUGUACGCCCAAGGGCAACUAGCUUAAACUCCCCUUUUCCCAGAAACACACAAAGCUACCAAACAGGGUAAUCAGCAAUUAAGUAGUACACACUACACAGGACACAACAGUAUCCGCACUCACAUAACAAAACAGUAGUCUAACAGAAUUACCAAUCAUAAUAAACAGCAACUUUAGUGAGUAACCAAAAACAGGACACCACCGUGUCCAUACUCACAUCCGGAAAUAUUCUCUCUCUCUCUCAACAAACACAAGACUGGCUUUUAUACAAUGGGAUGUGUGAUUGAACAAACGAGUAACAGGUGGUGCAAUGCACAGGAAUGUUCACUGAUUGGUCCAAUCAGCAGACACCUCAACGACCACCAAUCAGGAACAUACAGGACACCUGUGAUUAGGGCAGAAGGAGAGAAACACACAAAAACACAGGAUACCUGUAUCCGUAACACUCCCACCCUUAAAAGAGCAAACCACAAUGGUUUGCGACACACGUACUAUCACAACACCCAAAUUCACAAAUCAUCCUAUCGGGAUAACAAAAAAAAAACCUAGAUCAUUACACACACGAGACAAAGCAUCUGCCAACACAUUAUCCAACCCCUCUUCGCAGAGGAAUGGCCUCUGGGUACCUGGCGGCCACACACAUAAUUGUCAACAUAAACUGGUUACCAGAUUUUGUUUUUGGUAAUGGUCCAACACAAUCAACCAUCACAUGUUCGAAGGGUUCACCUAUGGCCGGUAUGGGACAAAGAGGCGCGGGGGAAAUAACCUGGUUCGGUUUCCCAACUACUUGACAGGUGUGGCAAGUCCGACAGAACUGAGCCACAUCUUGUUUUAAGCCAGGCCAAAAGAAAUGUCGCAAAACACGAUCAUAAGUCUUGGUGACUCCCAGAUGUCCGGACCACUGGUGAUCAUGAGCGAGGGAUAAAACAUUUUGUCGAAAGGCUGUAGGAAUCACUAUUUGGUAAACAGCAUUCCAAUCUUCGCCAGCAUCAACAUGGGAUGUCCAUUUACGCAUGAGGAGAUUACCAUCAAUGAAGUAUGCCAUGUUUUUCUUCUUUAGCUCCUCCUCUGAGACAACACUAGAAAAACAUUUAGCCAGGCUAAUGUCAACCUGUUGGUUAGCGAUCAGCUGCUCACGAGUAACUGGUAACUGUAUUGCCUCAGCAACAAGUUCCACAUCCUUCUUCCUUUCUCUGGGCUGUUGGUCAGACUGCACCAGCUUACCAGAGGUAGCACCCGAACUAUCCUCUGGGUCACACUCUCUGAAUAGAAUCGUGUUCGACAAAUCUAUCACUUCACCCACUUGUCGUGCUUGAGCACGUGUGACAGCACAAGCGGGGAACACAUCUGGAUAACCCUGUGCCAGCUCCUCGGAGAGAGACUGGUCACUUUUAUCCAAUACCUCCAAUACGGGUAUCACCUUUCCUCCGGCAAUAUCGUUGCCCAUUAUAAAUGUCACACCUUUUACUGGCAACAUAGGACGUACGCCCCCUCUGAACAAUCCACUGACUAACUCAGAGUGUACGUUCACAAAGUGCAAUGGCACUGGGACAAAUCCCAUUUCAAUUCCUUGUACUAACACAUUGGAACCACAAUAUGUAUUAUUAGACAAGGGCAACACAUCAGAUAGUAUGAACGACUGCGCCGCACCAGUAUCUCUGAGGAUUCUAACUGGACGCUGAGACGCUUCGUCAUCUGAUAUAGAAACAAACCCCUCAAAAAUGAACGGUUCAUAACUGUGAUCUGGGACAGGGACUUUCAAACCACAUUCACUAUGAGGCCUCUGUCUUGAUUCCGGCCUUACAACCGUACGAAUCAGCCCAAAACCCGUUGGCGGCCUGGCGUGCUGAGGCAUCCCCGGUUUGCGUUUUAGCAGAAAGCAAUCAUUAACCAUAUGUCCCACCUUAUGACAAUAGAAACAGUGACGCACAUCUUUUGGGCAUGCUGGAUGUACUGCUGGUCGACUAGGAUUAAAAGUUAGCAACUCCGCAACCCUGCCCUCCGUCCGAGCCGAAAACACGCUCUUAUGCGUCAAUACAAACUCGUCUGCCAAUACAGACGCUUCCGACAGUGAGGAUACUUUCUGUUCGUUCAGAUAAACUACAAUGCGUUCGGGUAAGCAAUUUUUAAACUCUUCUAACAAGAUUAACUCCCGUAGAGAGUUAAAAUCAGUUACUUUACUAGCACUGUGCCAUUUGUCAAACAGAUUUCCUUUGUCUCUAGCAAACUCCACAUAAGUCUGAGUAGGAGACUUUUUAUGAGACCUAAAUCUCUGUCGAUAUGCCUCAGGAACAAGCUCAUAGGCACGAAGAACAGUAGCUUUGACCACUUCAUAAUUCAAACUGUCUUCAAGAGGUAGCGCUGCCAGAACCUCUUGGGCUUUACCUGUUAGUUUACACUGAAGUAAUAGGCACCAUACCUCUUCGGGCCAUUUCAAUGCUACCGCUAUACGUUCAAACACACUGAAAUAGGAAUCAACCUCUGACUCCCUGAACACAGGUACCAAGGUGAUCUGCCUACUAAUAUCAAACGUAGCAGAUGACACAGCUGGUGAGGAUGGCUCACUAGCAGGCAUAGUAUUAGCAGAGACUAACCUCGCUGUUUCUGCCUCUAGUUCCAUUUUACGCACCUCCAGUUCCAUCUUACGCAUCUCCAGUUCCAUCUUACGCGUCUCCUGUUCUGCCUCUAGCUUACGCGUCUCCUGUUCUGCCUCUAGCUCCAUUUUACGCAUCUCCAGCUUGUCUUGCCUGAUUUGUGCCCGCUCUUCCGCCUCCAUUUGGAGCCGUGUCGAGCGGACAUCCAUCCUGGCAUCACUGUCAGUCAGUGGGGAGAGUGGGUCAUAACGGGGCAAUGUGGCUGGAGCCUUAGUCUCGUCCUCAGACAUUGAUGGGCUUACAGGCGUAGCAACCACAUCCCCUACAGGAGCAGCAGACUCAGGCGGCGGUAACUCAAGCACUCGCUCGUUUAACAAUAUCGCUAGCACUACUUCCCUAACUUCUGCUUUCACUAAACCCCUCGGUAUGGGUAAAGAAAAGUGGUCAGCCAAAGCCUGUAGAUCCACUCUACGGCAAUUAUCAAAAACCUCCCACGUAGGGUUUUCCAAAAAUGCCUCCAACUCAAAAGUAGCCAUCCUACUAGCAACACGAGCCGUCGACUACUGAACACACAAAAAAAAAAAACAGGUAGUACAGCUGCCAAGCUCAACACUGAACCAGACACUUGCUAAUUUGCAUGAGUAGCACGGGAUGGAUCCCGGACGAACCCCCACUUUAUGUUACGAACCCCGUGGCUCUAAACGUCUAGGGUGGAUGGACAUGAGGCCCGUAACAUAAAUUAUGCAAAUUAGGAGUGUGGCAUGGAGCAGUGAGAACAAAUGUGACACAACAACCAUGAACUACCGUCAAACACAAAUGGUUUAUUUCAGAACACACGGUAAGGGUUUGGGAAAAAGGGCUGAGCAGGACCCAAGAAAUGAAACAAUAGUGUAAAACCCCCUAAACUGAUCUAGCCUGCCUGAAGAACCGCUAGGCUACUGCUAGUCAUACAAAAGUACAGUGGGUGGUCCGCUCAGGUCUAACUAGUGUUUUUAGACAGAUUUCUUCCUACGGGUAAUGUACGCCCAAGGGCAACUAGCUUAAACUCCCCUUUUCCCAGAAACACACAAAGCUACCAAACAGGGUAAUCAGCAAUUAAGUAGUACACACUACACAGGACACAACAGUAUCCGCACUCACAUAACAAAACAGUAGUCUAACAGAAUUACCAAUCAUAAUAAACAGCAACUUUAGUGAGUAACCAAAAACAGGACACCACCGUGUCCAUACUCACAUCCGGAAAUAUUCUCUCUCUCUCUCAACAAACACAAGACUGGCUUUUAUACAAUGGGAUGUGUGAUUGAACAAACGAGUAACAGGUGGUGCAAUGCACAGGAAUGUUCACUGAUUGGUCCAAUCAGCAGACACCUCAACGACCACCAAUCAGGAACAUACAGGACACCUGUGAUUAGGGCAGAAGGAGAGAAACACACAAAAACACAGGAUACCUGUAUCCGUAACAAUCACCAUUUGGGUCUGAGGGCUGGACUACAAAGACACAGACUAAUCAUCUACAGAACCAGGUCCAAUCUCAUCUAUUCAUCAACUAUGACAUGCUAACCAGUUCAGCAUCUAUCAUGUUUUUACUGUGUUCUGCACCUGUUGUCACUGAGAGGUGACACUGGUUCCAGAUCCUCACAUGUAGGCUUGUCUAUGUCAGACAUAGUGGAGGGGUUGAAUGAAUUAUGUUGUUGUUGUUGAUUAUGUUGUUGUUGUUGUUGGUUGUGAGGAUGAUGAUGAUGAUGAUGAUGAUGAUAUUGUUGUUGUUGAUGUUGUUGAUGAUGAUGAUGAUGAUGAUGAUGAGGAUGAUGUUGUUGUUGUUGUUGAUGAUGAUGAUGAUGAUGAUGAUGAUGAUGAUGAUGAUGAUGAUGUUGUUGUUGUUGUUGUAGUUUUCCUGAGGAAGAUGAUGAUGAGGAGGGUUCUAGCCCUGCUGUCUCUGCUCUCUCUGUGUCUCUCUCAGAAGUGGAAGCAGGAGACAUCAGAGUGGGAUAGAGGUAAGGUAGACCAGAUACAGUCACUAGUAUGUAAUCUACUUCCUGUAUGUGUAGAGUCUCUUUGAUAGAGGUAAGGCAGACCAGACACAGUCACUAGUAUGUAAUCUACUUCCUGUAUGUGUAGAGUCUCUUUGAUAGAGGUAAGGUAGACCAGACACAGUCACGAGUGUGUAAUAUACUUCUUGUAAACAUUUACAUUUACAUCAUUUAACAGACGCUCUUAUCCAGAGCGACUUACAAAUUGGUGCAUGCAACUUAUGAUAGCCAGUGGGACAACCACUUUAUUAUUUUAUUUAUUAUUAUUAUUAUUAUUAUUAUUAUUAUUAUAUAUUUGUUAUUUUUUUAUGGGGGGUGGGGGAAGAAGGAUUACUUUAUACUAUUCCAGGUAUUCCUUAAAGAGGUAGGGUUUCAAGUGUCUCCGGAAGGUGAUCAGUGACUCCACUGUCCUGGCGUCGUGGGGGAGCUUGUUCCACCAUUGGGGUGCCAGAGCAGUGAAUAGCUUUGACUGGGCUGAGCGGGACUGUGCUUCCGUAGAGGUAGGGGAGCUAGCAGGCCAGAGGUGGAUGAAAGUAGUGCCCUCGUUUGGGUGUAGGGUCUGAUCAGAGCCUGAAGGUAAGGAGGUGCCGUUCCCCUCACAGCUCCGUAGGCAAGCACCAUGGUCUUGUAGUAGAUGCGAGCCUCAACUGGAAGCCAGUGGAGUGUGCGGAGGAGCGGGGUGACAUGAGAGAACUUGGGAAGGUUGAACACCAGACGGGCUGCAGCGUUAUGGAUAAGUUGUAGGGGUUUAAUGGCACAGGCAGGGAGCCCAGCCAACAGCGAGUUGCAGUAAUCCAGACUGGAGAUGACAAGUGCCUGGAUUAGGACCUGUGCCGCUUUCUGUGUAAGGUAGGGUCGUACUCUGCGAACGUUGUAGAGCAUGAACCUGCAGGAUCGGGUCACCGCUUUGAUGUUAGCGGAGAAUGACAGGGUGUUCUCCAGGGUCACGCCAAGGUUCUUUGCACUCUGGGAGGAGGACACAAUGGAGUUGUCAACCGAGAUGGUGAGAUCAUGGAGCGGGCAGUCCUUCCCCGGGAGGAAGAGUAGCUCCGUCUUGCCGAGGUUCAGCUUGAGGUGGUGAUCCGACAUCUAAUAUGUCUGCCAGACAUGCAGAGAUGCGAUUCGCCACCUGGUUAUCAGAAGGGGGAAAGGAGAAAAUUAAUUGUGUGUCGUCUGCGUAGCAAUGAUACGAGAGACCAUGUGAGGAUAUGACAGAGCCAAGUGAUUUGGUGUAUAGAGAGAAUAGGAGAGGGCCUAGAACUGAGCCCUGGGGGACAACAGUGGUGAGAGUACGUGGUGCGGAGACAGAUUCUCACCACGCCACCUGGUAGGAGCGACCUGUCAGGUAGGACGCAAUCCAAGAGUGAGCAGCGCUGGAGAUGCCCAACUCGGAGAGGGUGGAGAGGAGGAUCUGAUGGUUCACAGUAUCAAAGGCAGCGGAUAGGUCUAGAAGGAUAAGAGCAGAGGAGAGAGAGUUAGCUUUAGCAGUGCGGAGAGCCUCCGUGACACAGAGAAGAGCAGUCUCAGUUGAAUGACCAGUCUUGAAACCUGACUGGUUUGGAUCAAGAAGGUCAUUCUGAGAGAGAUAGCAGGAGAGUUGGCUAGAGACGGCACGCUCAAGAGUUUUGGAGAGAAAAGAAAGAAGGGAUACUGGUCUGUAGUUGUUGACAUCGGAGGGAUCGAGUGUAGGUUUUUUGAGGAGGGGCGCAACUCUCGCUCUCUUGAAGACGGAAGGGACAUGGCCAGCGGUCAAGAAUGAGUUGAUGAGCGAGGUGAGGUAAGGGAGAAGGUCUCCGGAAAUGGUCUGGAGAAGAGAGGAGGGGAUAGGGUCAAGCGGGCAGGUUGUUGGGCGGCCCGGCCGUCACAAGUCGCAAGAUUUCAUCUGGAGAGAGAAGGGAGAAAGAAGUCAAAGCAUAGGGUAGGGCAGUGUGAGCAGGAGUGUCUGUCAAGUGGCUCAGUGACUCGUGUUUGCAUCUCAAUGUGAAAAAAACUGUUUGCAUGUUCUUCACAAAGAGGGCAACAGAUGCUACUGAGCCAGAAGUAUAUGUGUCAGGGGAGAAGCUCCAGGGGGUAUCUGAUUUUAAGUACCUUGGCAUCAUACUUGAUUCCAACCUCUCUUUUAAAAAGCAUGUGAAAAAGGUAAUUCAAAUAACCAAAUUCAACCUAGCUAAUUUCCGAUUUAUACGAAAUUGUUUGACUACAGAGGUAGCAAAACUGUACUUCAAAUCUAUGAUACUCCCCCACUUAACAUACUGCUUGACUAGUUGGGCCCAAGCUUGCUGUACAACAAUAAGACCUAUUCAGUCAGUCUACAAACAGGCUCUCAAAGUGCUUGAUAGGAAGCCCAAUAGCCAUCAUCACUGUCACAUCCUUAGAAAGCAUGAGCUCCUGAGUUGGGAAAAUCUUGUGCAAUACACCGAUGCAUGUCUUGUAUUCAAGAUCCUAAAUGGCUUGGCUCCCCCUCCACUCAGUAUUUUUGUUAAACAGAAAACCCAAACAUAUGGCAGCAGAUCCACAAGGUCUGCCAUGAGAGGUGACUGUGUAGUUCCCCUAAGGAAAAGCACCUUUAGUAAAUCUGCUUUUUCUGUGAGAGCUUCCCAUGUCUGGAAUACACUGCCAUCAGACACACACAACUGCACCACAUAUCACACUUUCACAAAAUGCUUGAAGACAUGGCUAAAGGUCAAUCAGAUUUGUGAACAUGGUCCCUAGCUGUGUGUUGCCGCUUUCCAUGUCUGUUGUCUGUAACUUGUGAGGUGUGGAAACACUUUGUUGCUUUUAUGAAUUUUGUCUUGCUGCUUUUUGUUCUAUGUUGCUCUGUCUGUAUGCUAAGUCUUGCUUGUCCUAUGUUGCUAUGUCUGUAUGCUAUGUCUUGUUCUAUGUUGUUAUUGUCUAUAUUGUAAUUGUUUUUAAUAACCUGCCCAGGGACUGCGGUUGAAAAUUAGCCGGCUGGCUAAAACUUUUACUGAAACGUUGAUUAAUGUGCACUGUCCCUGUAAAAAUAAACUCAAACUCAAACUCAAACUUAAUAAAUGAGGAUCGGAUGUUGUCAACCUUCUUUUCAAAAUGGUUGACGAAGUCAUCCACAGAGAGGGAGGAGGGAGGGGGAGGAGGAGGAGGAUUCAGCAGGGAGGAGAAGGUGGCAAAGAGCUUCCUAGGGUUAGAGGCAGAGGCUUGAAAUUUAGAGUGGUAGAAAGGGGCUUUAGCAGCGGAAACAGAGGAAGAGAAUGUAGAGAGGAGGGAGUGAAUAGAUGACAGGUCCGCAGGGAGUCUAGUUUUCCUCCAUUUCCGCUCGGCUGCCCGGAGCCCUCUUCUAUGAGCUCGCAAUGAUUCGUCAAGCCACGGAGCAGGAGGGGAGGACCGAGCCGGCCGGGAGGAUAGGGGACAUAGAGAGUCAAAAGAUACAGAAAGGGAGGAGAGGAGGGUUGAGGAGGCAGAAUCAGGAGAUCGGAGGGAGAAGGAUUUAGUAGAGGGAAGAGAUGAUAGGAUGGAAGAGGAGAGAGUAGCGGGAGAGAGAGAGCGAAGGUUGCGACGGCACAUUACCAUCUGAGUAGGGGCAGAGUGAGUAGUGUUGGAGGAGAGCGAGAGAGAAAAGGAUACAAAGUAGUGGUCGGAGACUUGGAGGGGAGUUGCAGUGAGAUUAGUAGAAGAACAGCAUCUAGUAAAGCUGAGGUCAAGCGUAUUGCCUGCCUUGUGAGUAGGGGGUGACGAUGAGAGGGUGAGGUCAAAAGACGAAAGGAGUCUCUUUGAUAGAGGUAAGGUAGACCAGACACAGUCACUAUUAUGUAAUCUACAUACUGUAUGUGUGUAGUCUCUUUAAUAGAGGUACGGCAGAACAGACACAGUCACUAGUUUGUAAACUACUUCCUGUAUGUGUAGAGUCUCUUAUGUAGCACACUUCAAGCAGUAUGUUCUAUACAUCCAUUGAUAUUGAAUAGAUAUUGUGUUCUAAUAGCUUGUUAUCUUCAAGACAUGAACAGCCAGUGGUAUAGUACAGUAUAGUCUACCUUCUGUAUCUGAGUGGUGAAUGAACAUUCCCAUGUCAUCUCCAGCAGAUAAAAGCCAGACUAAGAUCUGCUCCAACCUGACCCAGGUGCUGGACAACUGGAAGUUUGCCAUCAUCAACCAGGUGAAGGACCUGCUGAUCAACGAUCACGCCUCCGUCCUUCCAGAAUACGUCAGGUAGGUGACAUCAUCCCACGUGUCAGAAAGAAAGAGAGAAAGAGAAAAAGAGAGAGAGAGAGAGAGAGAGAGAGAGAGAGAGAGAGAGAGAGAGAGAGAGAGAGAGAGAGAGAGAGAGAGAGAGAGAGAGAGAAAUAUUGUGUUCAACAACAAACUACACAUACCUCGGCCUAAACAUCAGCGCCACAGGUAACUUCCACAAAGCUGUGAACGAUCUGAGAGAGACAAGGCGAGAAGGGCCUUCUAUGCCAUCAAAAGGAACAUAAAAUUCGACAUACCAAUUAGGAUCUGGCAAAAAAUACUUGAAUCAGUUAUAGAACCCAUUGCCCUUCAUGGUUGUGAGGUCUGGGGUCUGCUCACAAACCAAGAAUUCACAAAAUGGGACAAACACCAAAUUGAGACUCUGCAUGCAGAAUUCUGCAAAAAUAUCCUCCGUGUACAACGAAAAACACCAAAUAAUACAUGUAGAGCAGAAUUAGGCCGAUACCCGCUAAUUAUCAAAAUCCAGAAAAUAGCAGUUAAAUUCUACAACCACCUAAAAGGAAGCGAUUCCCAAACCUUCCAUAACAAAGCCAUCACCUACAGAGGGCUGAACCUGGAGAAGAGUCCCCUAAGCAAACUGGUCCAGGGGCUCUGUUCACAAACACAAACAGACCCCACAGAGACCCAGGACAGCAGCACAAUUAGAUCCAACCAAAUCAUGAGAAAACAAAAAGAUAAUUACUUGACACAUUGGAAAGAAUUAACAAAAAAACUGAGCAAACUAGAAUGCAAUUUGGCCUUAAACAGAGAGUACACAGCGGCAGAAUACCUGACCACUGUGACUGACCCAAAGUUAAGGAAAGCUUUGACUAUGAUCAGAAUCAGUGAGCAUAGCCUUGCUAUUGAGAAAGGCCGCCGAAGGCAGACCUGGCUCUCAGAGGAGAAGACAGGCUAUGUGCACACUGCCCACAAAAGGAGGUGGAAACUGAGCUGCACUUCCUAACCUCCUGCCAAAUGUAUGACCCUAUUAGAGACACAUAUUUCCCUCAGAUUACAAAGACCCACAAAUAAUUAGAAAACAAACCCAAUUUUGAUAAACUCCCAUAUCUAUUGGGUGAAACACCACAGUGUGCCAUCACAGCAGCAAGAUUUGUGACCUGUUGCCAAAAGAAAAGGGCAACCAGUGAAGAACAAACACCAUUGUAUAUACAACCCAUAUUUAUGUUAAUUUAUUUUCCCUUUGUACUUUAACCAGAGCAGACAUCAGAAAGAUGAUAUAUGAAAUGUCGUUUCACUUUUCUUGGAACUUUUGUGCCAGUCGUAAAGUACCUACCCGUCAUUUGUUAACAUUGUAAUUACUGCCAAAUGUUUGACGUUUAUUGGAUGUACAUCUUUCUGUUGCACUUGAUCCCGUACAUUAUGAACACACAAUGUUACUAUCAAUGUAUACCACAUGCAUAGCAGUAUAAUGCACCUAACCAUUGCCCAAGAUUGAUUCCGAAAGAGAUCUGAUGAGCCAGAUGAGAGUGAGAUGAGUGAGUAGUGCAGACUGAGAGUAGUUGAAGCCAGAGCACGAGUCACUAGUGGCUAACGAGACCUGUAGAGGAGAGAGGAGACAGUGAGAGGACGACGAUGAGAGAGCUGUAGUAGCAGUGGACAUGUCGUUGCUCGAAUAGAAGUUGAGCAGAGGAACAGAGGACCCAGCAAGAUCAGUACAAGGCGAGAGAGCAACAGAGAGGGGAAUUAACUAGUAUUUCAGGCCACUGUCAUGAAGGGGUCAGUCGAAGGACUAUGGGCUGUUUCCUUGGAAUGACAGUCCUGCAAUAACGAGUAUGAAGAAGAAGCAGAUCGAGAUGGAGAACUCUACGACGAUUUGUGAGAGAGAAGACUGAUGUUCAGUCGAGAGUAGAUGAGGAGUCAGUGACGUAGGUGACCGGGUGUACACCGUCGAGCCGAGCAAGCCAGAGUCUUUUUUUGUGGGGAUUUUGAGACUCGGAAAGUGCGCAGACGAGUAUGUGUGAACCUGAUUAUAUGUACAGCUUUGCACCGCGAAUCACACUUGCUUUGCUCUCACUCUAACUGCACUUUGUGCACUCAGAACUUUACAGCUGAUAUCAGACUUGUAGUAUGCAGGCCAGUCACAGUUCACUCAAACGUGAUGGAUGAGGUAGCGGUCCGCUGCAUGACGGGUCUGCAGCGAAGUGUAGGCACCUGACACUAUGGAAAGUCUCCCAGUUCAGGAACAUCUGUAACUGCAGCAGCCUCCUGGGCCUGUAAUCACAAAGCAUCUCAGAGUAGUGAGGAGUGCUGAUCUAGGAUCAGUUUUAGAUCAUAAUGAAUAAUAUUAUGCUGAACAAAAGCAUGAGCGCAACAUGCAACAAUUUCAAAGAUUUUACUGAGUUACAGUUCAUAUAAGGAAAUCAGUCAACUGAAAUAAAUUCAUCAGGCCCUAAUCUAUGUAUUUCACAUGACUGGACAGGAGUGCAGCCAUGGGUGGGCCUGGGAGGGCAAAGACCCACCCACUUGGCAGCCAGGCCCACCCACUGGGGAGCCAGGCCCAGCCAAUCAGAAUGUGUUUUUCCCCACAAAAGGGCUUUAUUACAGACAUAAAUACUCCUCAUUACCCUCGCCCCAACCCCCCUCAGACGAUCCCACAGGUGAAGAAGCCGGAUGUGGAGGUCCUUGGCUGGUGUGGUUACACGUGGUCUUUGGAUGUGAGGCCAGUUGGAAGUACUGCCAAAUUCUCUAAAACAACGUUGUAGGUAGCUUAUGGUAGAUAAAUGAACAUUCAAUUCUCUGGCAACAGCUCUUGUGGACUUUCUUGCAGUCAGCAUGACAAUUGCACGCUCCCUCAAAACUUGAGACGUCUGUGGCAUUGUGUUGUGUGACAAAACUGCACAUUUUACAUUUACAUUUACGUCAUUUAGCAGACGCUCUUAUCCAGAGUGACUUACAAAUUGCUGCAUUCAACUUAUGAUAGCCAGUGGGACAACCACUUUUUUCUUUUAUGGGGGGGGGGGGGGGGGGGGGGGGGGGGGGGGGGGGGGGGGUAGAAGGAUUACUUUUAUACUAUUCCAGGUAUUCCUUAAAGAGGUAGGUUUUCAAGUGUCUCUGGAAGAGAGUUGCCUUUUAUUGUCCCCAGCACAAGGUGCAUCUGUGUAAUGAUCAUUCUGUUUAAUCAGCUUGUUGAUAUGCCACUCCUGUCAGGUGGAUAGAUUAUCAUGACAAAGGAGAAAUGCUCACUAACAAGGGUGUAAACAAAUUUGUGCACAACAUUUGCGUGAAAAAACGUUUUUGUCCAUAUCUUUUAUUUCAGCUCAUGAAACAGGGGACCAACAAUUUACAUGUUGCGGUUGUAUUUUUAUUCAGUGUAUAUGGACAGAGAGGACCUGAUCCUAGAUCAGCACUCCUCUCUGGACAGUGAACUAAGAGUUCUGGCUGAGACAUCAAAGACGACUAGCGAGCAGCCAUCCAACCAGUCCUGGAGAGACUCAGUGUUCCUACUCUGAGCCCUGCAGGCAGCCAAUAACACAUCACGUGUACCAGCAUGUUUGCUGUAAGCGUUCACUCUCCAAUAUCAGGCCUGGAUAGGCUGCAGUGCACGCACAGUAACAUAGCUUGACAUUAAAGCCAGACAUGUUUUCUCAUUGAUGAAGAAUGUCAUUGAUGUUUAAUGACGCUCUAGUUUCCCAUGUCUUCUGUCCUGACGUUUCCUGCAAAUUACACAAUGAGACGUUUUCCAUCAUGUUUUAUUUUAAUAUAUUCUAGCCUCUUAGCAGCGUGGCCCAUUAAAAUGUAGUUGUCAUUUCACAACGUGUAAAGCAGUGUGUAGACUACAUCUUAGCAGCGUGGCCCAUUAAAUUGUAAUAGGGAUUUCACAAUGUGUAAAGUGGUGUGUAGACUACGUAGUGUUAUAAUUUAGUGCACUAACAUUUCAAUUGCAUUUCUAGUUCAAAACAUAUUGGGGUGGUUUCCCGGACACAGAUGAAGCCUAAAUCUGGACUGAAAAGCUUUUUAAAUGGAGAUUCUCCAUUGAUCAUGCUUUUUUUAUUUUUAUUGCAGGACUGUUUCCAGGAAACAGGCCCAUAGUCCUUCGACUGACCCCUUCAUGACAGUGGCCUGAUCUAGUUAAUUCCCUCUCUGUUGCUCUUCUCCUGUGUAGAUCUGCUGGGCCUCUGCCUCUGUAACCGGCACCACUGUACUGCUAACAGUAUAGCUUCCUUCACUGUCCCUGUUCCUACCACUGCUAGAACUAGUGAUCCUCUGCUUACUAUCCAGCUGCACCACCACCACCUACCCACUGGGCACAGACGUUUGUUCAACGUUUAGUUUUGAUUUACAUUUGGUUGAGUUGUCAACUGACGUGAAAUCAACAGAAAAUGUCACCAUGUCAUUGGAUUUAAGUAAAAAGUUGGAUGAAGAAAUACGUAAUUCCCUUACGUUAAUGACGUUUUUCUAAUCCAAUCAGUUUUCCACAUUGAUUCAACGUCAUCACAUAGAUUCUUUGGGUUGAAAUGACGUGGAAACACUUUGAUUCAACCAGUUUUUGCCCAGUUGGUAGCAAUUCAGUGACACGACUUCUCUAUUUCUCUCUCUCUCUCUCUCUCUCUCUCUCUCUCUCUCUCUCUCUCUCUCUCUCUCUCUCUCUCUCUCUCUCUCUCUCUCUCUCUCUCCCUCUGCAGGAUUCAGCCCCUGUCUGAGGCCCUGGGGGACCUCUACAAGCAGUUCAACUCUCUGAAGGAUGAGCUGAGAAGGCUCAGCUCCAAGUUCGACAGGGUGGAGGGCUUCGUAGACGACCUGCAGGCUGGGAAACUCCCCCGACCCCCUGUGUGGACCCCUCAAUGCCCCAUACGGAGGGUCACUCCCUGGCCUCCGCUGAGGAUGCCACUGAGGGCACCGUUAAGGGGAGAGGUGAGGGCACCACCAAGGGCACAGAUGAGGGUACAGAUGAGGAAUCCAGAGCGGGGAAACGGCACGGGUCCAGGGUCCACAGGGACUAGAGGAAGGAGGGUCCCUAAACCUUAAUCAGAUGAUUGACAGGUGUAUUGUACAACGAUAAACGAUAAACUGUCAUCUAGUGUGGAUGCUCGCCAAUGUUUUAUAGUUAUGAAUAGUUUCUCAUUACAGUUAUCAUUAUAUCUAUCAUUCUUGGUGUGGACAGCCCUUCAGGACUAAUAUAGUCUCAACUACAUCACUACACUCAUCUCUGAACCAGAUCAACACAGAACUGAUGAAAGCUUUGUACUGACAACAGAGCUACUGUACACUAACUAUCAAUAACAUGAUCAUUGGUGAUUGAUUUGAUAUUGAAGGUGUGUGUUGAUGAUGUGUGA